GAUCAUCAGCCGCACAUACCUGCUGCAGUAAACAAACCAGUGGGGCGCCUGUCAUCCGUUAGGCGGUCUAGUCGCUCCUAGUCUCUACUCACGCCCACUGCUGAUGCGUGAUGGUCUAGGGGCGGCGUGUGAGGUGCCUGUUGACCCGGGGAAGGGGAAGGAAGGGAACUGAGCACCCUCUCCGUGCCUGCAGGAUGUCGCUGUUCAAGGCGCGAGAGUGGUGGGGCACGGCAGUGGAGGCAGCCACCCCUGGAGAGGAGGAGGAGUGUGACGCGGGCUGUCUGCUGGUGGCUAACGUCAACAAUGAACAGCCGGCGAGGGACAAGGUAGUGGUGGGCGGCUUCUCCGGCUCUCUCAGGGUCUUCUUACCGCAGGCGCACAGGUCAGAGGAGGGGGAGGAAGUGUCAGGUUACCGGCCCGACCACCUGCUCCUGGAAACAACUCUCAACUACCCUAUACUACAGCUGGCGGUUGGGAAGUUUGUCUCGAGUAACAGUCUGGAGCACCUCUGCAUCCUUCACCCAGACCGCCUGGUAGUGUGCUCUGUAGUGGGUGUGGGUGGUGGUGGCGGUGGUGGCGGGCAGGGUGAACACUUCCGCCUCACCAUCGCGUACCAGCACAAGUUGCCUCGCCGCGGUCACUCUCUGGUCACUGGGACCUUUGGUGGGGUCCGAGGAAAACACUACUUGGCGGUGCAGUCGCUGGAUGGGUGUCUGGUGGUGUACGAGCAAGAGAGUCUGGCCUUUGUCACCUUCCUGCCUGGGUCACUCCUGCCGGGGCCCAUCGCGUACCUCCCCCGCGCCGAUGCCAUUGUGACGGUCGCUGCUGAUUGGUCGCUUCAGUGCUAUAGAUACCAAACAAUAGCAGUAGCAUCCGAAAACGACAACACCACCAACAACACCACCGCAGCCGCCGCGAUCCCACCAAACAACAACAACAACAGCAGCAACAACAACCGGGGGGGCAGCGGCGGCCGGCGGCUGACCCCAGAGUGGACGCAGCUACUUGGGGAGGCUGCGGUGGAAUUGAAGGUGGUGGGGGGGGAGGAGGGGGAGCCUGUGAGCCUGCUGGUGUUGGCACAGAGAGGAAUAUAUUGCUUCAAGGAGUCUGGGGUGCUGAAGUUUGUGAAGAAGCUCGAGUUUGAUCCUUCCUGCUUCACUGCCUUCAUUGUGGACAAGGGCAUUCACAUCUGCGUCGCCAGCCACACCAACACUCUGCUGGUGUACCGAGAGACACAGCUGAAGUGGGCGUCUCAGCUGCAGUUCCCCCCAGUGGCCUUGACCCGCGCUGACUUCCCGGGCCCAAGGUUCCUGAGGGGCAUCACGGGGGCGCUGGUCAUGCUGGGGGAGGCGGGGCAGGUACAGGUCACAUAUCUCGGCACCGACCCAUCGCUGUUCGUCGCUCCGCCCACUGAGACAAGGGAGAUUAACUACGACCACACUGACAAGGAGCUGGUUCGCCUACACAAGAUUAUCAAGGCCUCCACAAAGGAUACCGGAGCGUUGGUUGGCAUGGGUCGCGGUGAGAGUGACCUUCUAGUGUAUGGUACAGUUGGCACUCAGCUGGAGCCCUGGGCCGGGGAGACGAGGGUGGCGCCGCUGGAGGGGGAGGGGGGUACAGUGCCAGCCGUCCCCGUGGUACUGCGCAUCACGGCUCACACUCCUCUCAACACUGUGCGGGUCAAUGUGGCGGUGGAGAAGCCCAUUGGUGUGACGCAGGACACGUUUGUUCUGCGGACUGUGUGCGACACCAGCCAGAUAAUGAUUAAGUUCUACCAAGCUGAGCCGUACAUCCCGCCCAGCCUGUCCGUCACCAUCAUCACCUCCUACGUCAGCCAUACAGGGGCACCACGUAUCAACACAGUGCAGCUUGAGUUGCCGCUGCGUCUGGUGGUGCGCCCGUGUACGCCCAGCAAGGAGGCCGACCACAAGAUCACAAUAUCCAGCAACAAAGCCGCUGUUAACCUGCCAGACCUCUUUCCUGAGCUGGUGCAGGACGCAGGGGUGGGCACGGCAAUCGGUCUACAGUACUACAAUGGGAUGGAGGUGACCAUUCUGUCCUCCCGCACCACCAACAGAUACCGCCUGCAGUCUGACAGCAUGGCGGCUCUUUGGCUCAUCCUGAAGGAGCUGAUGCGGCGCCUAAAGGGGUACUGGAACCAGCCGAGCCGCAGGGACGGGGAGGAGCUGCAGCUGGGUGUCGCCUCCUCCUUCCCCACCCACGAGCUCUUCUUUGAGAUUGAUGCCCACUUCAUUCGCCGCAAGAAACACAAGGAGCUGGAGCUCCAGUUGGCAAGGCGUUCAGCUCAGUUCCGUGCAGUCCAGCGUCGCCUCCUUACCAAGUUCAAGGACAAGACGCCGACACCCCUUGCCAACCUGGACAGUCUUCUGGAGGGGACCUACAAGCAGAUUCACGUCACUGAUGUCAUCACUGAAAAUCUUAAGGGCAUGGAGGAGGACGGAUGCCAGCUGAGUUGCGUGGUGCGCCUGGUGCUGGAGAUGACCCGCCUAGCCACUGGCAUGAGCGACCAGGAGUUUGCCCUCCUCUCAGCGGCCGUGUCCCCUGUGGUGCACCUCUCCAUGGAGCAGGGUUGGGAGGAGACAACAGAUGCUGCCAUCACCUUCCUCCUGCGAUCAGUGCUAAAUCGAGGGAGCUUGGUGGGCGGGGACCCCAGUACAGCCGUCCCCCCCCCAACACCCAUGCCCCGUGAUGCCCCACCCACCCCAGAGCUCACCAUGCCUCCUGACACCAGUAAGCUCAAGAAACACCUGGGCAUUCUGCUGGACAAGAUCACAAAGGGAGGCGCUCAACUGUCUCUGGAUUCCACAUCUGAGACCAAGAUGCCAGAGUUGAGUAAGGAGACAGUGUGGCAUGAUGAGCCAGAGGACCCAUCAGAGCCACCGCCGCCACCGCCAGAGGACGACCCCACCAAUGUGCCUCUGGGGUCGCGUCUGGGGGAGGACCGGGCGCGCUCAGCCAGGAUCAGGUCAGCUCGCCAAGGCCCACGACCGCCCCUCACGCCCGCCUCCCUCUCAGAGGACAUGCCUGAGGAGGACCCUGCUACAGAACCCACACCAUCAGAGGAGCUGCCAGACCUUACAGGCAACCCAGCAGCCAUCCAGCCGCCUCCUCCUACAGUAGAAGAGGAACCCGAGCCACAAGUAGUAGACACACCUUUACCAGACCCCCAGGGACCUAAGGCGACCCUGCCACCCCUUCAGGAAGACCCCAGCGCCCCGCCAGGAGUGUCAGGGGUUACCAAGAAGGAUCAACUAAAGAAAGAGAACACCAUUGAGAGUCCUGCUGAUAUAUUUGACCUCAUGGAAGGGGAUGAUGUUUGGUAGUGGAGAGAGAGAGAGAGAGAGAGAGAGAGAGAGAGAGAGAGAGAGAGAGAGAGAGAGAGAGAGAGAGAGAGAGAGAGAGAGAGAGAGAGAGAGAGAGAGAAAUGCCAGUCUAGUCAUUAUUUUAUCCUUCUAGUCAGUUAUGCAGUCUUUACAAUGUCUAGUCUUUUGUGUGUGUGUGUGUGUGUGUGUGUGUGUGUGUGUGUGUGUGUGUGUUUUUAUCUAUUCACAAUUGAUAAGUUUUCUCUUGUUCUCUAAGUUCAGCGGUGGUUUGAAUCGCUUGUCAUCCGUAAGAGUCAAAGGCUUCUAAGUUGAUGUAAUGGAAGGACGCCAGAUACUGCCUGAGGUCAUAAUGCACCAGUGAGGCAGGAGUGCAUGAGAAGUGUUGGGAUCUUUUGCUUUAUAUUGCAUUUCUUUCCUUUAUAUUCUUUAGGUUGCAAUUUUGUGCCUUGGAAAUCUUUGUUUGUGUCCGUCUGAGGUUAGACUCAAGUGUGCCAGUGUGGCACUCGAGUGCCAGGGAUGAUGAAGUAAGACGAUCGGUGACACUGGUGGGUGUUUCUGUACAAAUACAAGGGCAGUGAGAGGCACAGAUGGGCAGCUGGAUGCACUGACCCAGCUGCACACCUGAGUCUGGCUGUAGUCAAAACCAUGUAUACAGUAUGCUUUAGGGUAUCUGUUAAUGUUAUAUACAGGCAGAAUUUAUAAUCUUAAUAUAACUCAAGACUGUAUUUACCAGUAUUCACCAUCUCUGCCUGUAUUUAUUAACAGUGACGGGUUCUUAAAGUAUGCCACAUCCUUGGGUUCGGACUGUUGAUGUGUAGGUUGCCAGAGUACGAAUAUUCAGUACCAGUGACCAAGCUGUGGCCUGUCCAGCUGUCCACCUCUGCCUCUCACUACUUAUAUCUCAAGCACACUAAAGGCCUAUCAGUGUCGCCAGUCUUGCCACACCAUCACAGGAACACUGGAGGCAGCAUCACAACAACACUCUCUGGAGAAGAUUACUGGUGGUCAAGCUGGUCCUGGCAUCCUCCCUUAAUGACACACUUCAAGCUACCACACCCCCCACACACUCUUGGUCCUGUCUCCCUCUGUCCCCUUCUGCAGUGCCACACCAUGCCUCUGCCUGGAAUACCACUUGCCCAACGUGCUUUCCACCUGCAGCACCUCCCACACUGGAUCCUCGUUGACACGUUUUACCUACUUGUUGCUUCGUGGACCUUGACAUUGCAACAUCUCCAGGCUUAUUAUGCAAGUGCUGUUCUUUACCAGAGUGUUGUCAUUGUAUUUUUCUGCCUUGCACUGUGGCAAAUACUAUGUAGUUGUGUAAUGAGUUAAUCUACAGGGUGUCCUCAGUUAAAGGAAAGGCAUCAGACAGAUGAGAUAAGACUACACAGUAGAUCAAGGAGCGAUUUGACAGGCAGUGAUGGUGACAUGUCUUGUGGGGUGAGUUGCGAGAUUAACAGCAUCCCUGGAGAGUUAAAGGGCAGGUGCGAUCCCAGGAGACAGUUGGCUCAAGGUGUGUUCCUUAUGGCCAAAAAUAGAUGCGCACACCAACAGUUGCACACACUACUUGCCACAGUGAAGGACAGAAAACACUAUACCAUGAAUAAUGUCACACUGAGGGAGACAACAGCACUCAUCCAGGAAUGUUGUAGAAGUUGAAGAAGUUGAAAGAAGCAACACAAGCAAAUAGAAUCCAUGAGGAUGUACUGUGGAAGGAGCUGCAGAGGAAGAGCAUGUCAGGUGAGGAGCAUUCUGGGCAUUGAAACGGCGUGGUGUUGCAGGCGGUGAGGGAAGACAACAUCCAGGCUUGGAGAGGGAAGUGUGCAGGGACCAGCAACCAUAUACCUGUAAGAGAGAGAGUAAUGUUGCCUCCAGUGCACACAAUGUAAUGAUGGCCGUCCAAAAUUCGUGAUAAGGAAUCCGUCCAUUAAAGAUUGAUUGUUGUGCAGUUAGGGACCAAUGGUGUCAGAUAACGGUGCAUUACACACACACCAGUCAGGAGUGUGUGAUGAGUGUGACUAUAGAGGUUUUCCCUUCAAGUGUUAGCCUUCCUGGUGGCAUAGCAUGUACUACCUAAAUAAAAUAAAACAGCCACAUA